UUUUUGGGUUGGGGGUUGAAGGACUGAGAAGAAGCAAAAGCAGCAAUGGCAGCUGGACUUGCAAUCGGAUUUAGUGCUGUAAGGCCACCAUUAAAGCAAGCACUAGGAGUGAAAAUCCUCAACUACCAAAAGAGCAAAUGGGUCUUUAGCCCUUUAGCUUUUUCGUCUUCUUCUUCUUCUUCUUCUUCAACAUCAAGAAAGCUAAUACUCUAUUCAAAGCCUGGUUGCUGUUUGUGUGAUGGCCUCAAAGAAAAACUCAAUGCUGCUUUCUCGCUUUCCAGUCCCCAUUCUCUACACGACGUUCAAUUACAGGUUAGAGAUAUAACUAGCAAUCCUGAUUGGGAGAAGGCUUAUCAAUAUGAAAUACCUGUGUUGGCUAGAGUGCGUCCUGAUGGCACUGAGGAGGUACUUCCUAGAUUAUCUCCUCGUCUAGGUGUUGAGGCCAUCCACAAGAAGAUUGCAGCUGCAUUGACUGAAUGAGCUUUCUCGCAAAAACAAUUUUGAAGCCAGUCUUUGCAUGUAAGACGGAUAGAUAAUAUGGAGAACUGUCUUCUUCUUCCUCUCCCUUUUACUGUGUAUCUUGCAACCGUACUAUGGUGGGACAUAUAAAGUUUAACUGUGUAAUACACCAUAGGAUACCGAGUAUCAACUAGAUAUUUUUUACAUUUUACCGCUAAUGAAGCUUGUCGUUUUAGCUCCAUUGGCACAAGGUGAUAGACAAAGACUCUUGUUCAAAUCCAAUUCGAAGCUUGUGGUUUUAGCUCCAUUGGAUUUUUUUAUUUUUUUUUAAUUUGAAAUUUUGUCUGGUAUGUGGGAACACAAUGCCUCCAACAAUUUACUAAUUUGAAACAUCUUCUCAAUCAAAUAUAUAUUGGAGAUGUAUUAUUGCCUUC